AUAGCGCUACACUUCCUCUCUCUAAAUCAAUGCCUUUUAUAGGCAGGGCUGCCUUUUACAGCCGCUGUGUUGUCAGUCAGUCAGUGAACAACCUGUGGUUCUUACACAUAAUAACUAUAGCCUACAGCGCUUCUGCUCCAGCAACCCGGAACAUGGACUCUCAGCUUCUCUCUGCACCAUGAGCUGCUGUGUUUAACACACUGCCUGCACCCUUUAUCUCCAAAAAGUGACUUUUACUCAAAUUGAAAGGUUUCUAAUCGGACGCCAUGGGGAACCUGAUUAAGGUGCUGACGAAAGACAUCGACAACAACGCUGGCAACUUUUUCCUGGACUUUGAAAAUGCUCAGCCCACCGAGGCGGAGAGAGAGCUUUGGGAACAGGUAAACGAAGUUCUGACGGAGGCCAUGAGCAUCCUCCAUGAUCUGCAGUCCUACAGCGGAGCAGGAGACGCCAUCAGACAGGCCAUCCAGCAGGCGAGUGAUGAGCGUGCGCAGGAAAAGGCCUGGACUGCCGUGGUGCCGCUAGUAGGCAAACUAAAGAGGUUUUAUGAGUUUUCUUUUAAGCUAGAGGGUGCCCUGCAUGGCCUGCUGGGAUUUCUAACCAGCGCUCGCUGCAGCCCCACACAGCACCUGGAGCAGGAACAGGCCCUGGCGCGGCAGUUUGCAGAGAUUCUUCACUUCACGCUGCGCUUCGAUGAGCUCAAGAUGACCAACCCAGCCAUCCAGAACGACUUCAGCUACUACCGCAGGACCCUCAGCCGCAUGCGAAUCAACAACGUGGUCACAGAGGAAGAGCAAGAGGUGAACAAUGAACUGGCCAAUCGCAUUUCUCUCUUCUAUGCGCACGCCACACCCAUGUUAAAAACCCUAAGCGAUGCCACAACAAAGUUUGUAUCAGAGAAUACACAUUUAGCAAUAGAGAACACAACAGAUUGUCUGAGCACAAUGGCGAGCGUGUGUAAAGUCAUGCUAGAGACGCCCGAGUACCGCAGUCGUUUCGCCAGUGACGACACAGUGUUAUUGUGCCUGCGCGUGAUGGUGGGAGUCAUCAUCCUGUACGACUACGUCCAUCCAGCUGGAGCUUUCGUCAAGUCAUCAAAGAUUGAUAUGAAAGGAAGCAUUAAGGUCCUUCGGGAUCAGCCACCUAACAGGGUAGAAGGUCUCCUUAAUGCGCUCAGGUACACGACAAAACAUUUGAAUGACGAGACUACCUCCAAGCAAAUUAAACACAUGAUACAAUCCUGACAAGGUUCAGAAGAAGCUUGAGUGUGACGUGACGGUGGUUAUACGUAUAUAUGUUUUAAUAAAAUAGGAAUGGCUAUGACGAUGUGCAGGUGGCAGCUAUUGGGAAACACUGCUGUGCUUUAGUUGUGUGUAGUUACCGGCUUCAUCGUUUUAAACGAAUGUUAUUAAUAAUGAAUUUUUAAAAGGAGCUUUUCUGCUGUGCUGUUUUUAAAAGAAACUGUUUUAUUUUUUAUAUUUUUUAUUGCUUGACUGAGGACCAAAGAUUGAAUAUGGAUACUUUUGAUACC